UAUGUCAGGCAGAAGUAAAAUAGGUUCCAUCCUUACCCUCAUCCCAGGGAAGCAGAGAUUUGGCAUCUAUAGGUUCCUCCCAUUCUUUGUUAUUCUGGGAGGUGCCAUGGAAUGGUUCAUGAUCAAUGUGCGGAUUGGCAAGGAAACAUUUUUAUACAAUCUUUUUAAGAGAACUGCAUGUAAUAAACACUAC